AUGACAAUUGAAUCAAAUCAAAAUCAAAGUCAAACAUCAGAAUCAGAAGAAUUAAACCAAACCAAUUAUCUUUCAAGUUCCAAUCCAAAUUAUAAACCAAUAGAUCCAAGUUUAUUCGUUAAUCUAUUAUCACAACUUGGUGAUUUGAUUAAAAAUGUUGGAUCAUCUGAUACAAAUGAAUCUAAACUUUCUUUAGCAAAUCAGGCAAAUGGAUUAAGAACUUCAUUGGCCCAAGCAACUGAACAAAUCGAUUGUUUAAUUGCUGGUGAUUUGAGUAUAGAAGACCAAGAGUAUUUAAUCGAUCAAUUAGAAAAAAGACUCGAAACAGAAAUGUCACUUUUGAAAUUUGUUAAUGAAAUACCUCAUUCAUUGAGCUUGAUUACCACACCUGGAUUAUCUAGUACUCCUCAACAAACUUUAUCUCCUGAUCAAACCUUUCUUAAUUCUACCAAUUCAACCCUUUGA